CAGAAAACAGAAAUUUAUUCUGUAGAGCUCAAUGGAACUAAAGAUGUCAAGCCGGCAGACCAGAGUGAUGACAGAAAGCUCAAGGGAGCGAGAAACAAAGACUCGGAACCCAGCAAGAGCCAGGAGAAAGAGGAGCUGAAGAAAGAACUUGACCUGGAUGACCACAGACUCAGUAAUACAGAAUUGGAACAGAAAUAUGGUACAGACAUCAUCCGGGGUCUCUCCAGUAUCAGAGCUACAGAGCUUCUGGCUCGGGAUGGACCCAAUGCUCUUACCCCUCCCAAGCAAACUCCAGAGAUUAUCAAAUUCCUCAAGCAGAUGGUGGGGGGCUUUUCCAUCCUUCUGUGGAUAGGUGCUGUCCUGUGCUGGAUCGCAUAUGGGAUCCAGUAUGUCAACAAUACCGCAUCCCUAGACAGUGUCUAUUUGGGCGCCAUACUUGUCCUGGUCGUUAUUUUAACGGGGGUUUUUGCUUAUUACCAAGAAGCCAAAAGUACCAACAUUAUGGCAAGCUUUAGUAAGAUGAUCCCCCAGCAAGCUCUUGUCAUCCGAGAUGCAGAAAAGAAGAUCAUUCCAGCAGAGCAGUUAGUGGUGGGGGAUGUUGUGGAGAUUAAAGGAGGGGACCAGAUCCCCGCAGACAUCAGACUGGUGUUUUCCCAAGGGUGCAAAGUAGAUAACUCCUCUCUCACUGGGGAAUCUGAGCCCCAGGCUCGUUCAACUGAGUUUACCCAUGAAAACCCCUUGGAAACUAAGAACAUAGGCUUCUAUUCUACAACAUGCCUGGAAGGUACCGCAACUGGCAUUGUCAUCAACACGGGCGACCGCACCAUCAUCGGGCGCAUAGCCUCCCUGGCCUCAGGUGUUGGGAGUGAGAAGACACCCAUUGCCAUUGAGAUCGAGCAUUUUGUCCACAUUGUUGCAGGAGUGGCUGUGUCCAUUGGUAUCAUUUUCUUCAUCAUCGCAGUGUGCAUGAAGUACUAUGUUCUCGACGCCAUCAUCUUCCUCAUUAGCAUCAUUGUGGCCAAUGUACCAGAAGGCCUCCUAGCUACUGUCACGGUUACCCUGUCACUGACAGCCAAACGGAUGGCUAAGAAGAACUGUCUGGUAAAGAAUCUGGAGGCUGUGGAGACUCUCGGCUCCACCUCCAUCAUCUGUUCAGAUAAGACAGGGACGCUGACCCAGAACAGGAUGACCGUGGCUCACUUGUGGUUUGACAAUCAGAUCUUUGUGGCUGACACAAGCGAAAACCAGACGAAACAAGCCUUUGACCAAAGCUCUGGGACGUGGGCCUCCUUGUCCAAAAUCAUUACACUGUGUAACCGAGCAGAGUUCCAGCCAGGCCAGGAGAGUGUCCCCAUCAUGAAGAGAAUUGUGGUUGGAGAUGCCUCAGAAACGGCUCUGCUAAAGUUCUCAGAGGUUAUUUUGGGUGAUGUGAUGGAAAUUAGGAAAAGAAACCACAAAGUGGCUGAAAUUCCUUUUAAUUCUACCAACAAAUUUCAGCUCUCCAUACAUGAGACAGAGGACCCUAGUGACAAACGCUUCCUCAUGGUGAUGAAAGGGGCUCCCGAGAGGAUCUUAGAGAAGUGCAGCACCAUCAUGAUCAACGGCCAGGAGCAGCCACUGGACAAGAGCUCUGCGGAUGCCUUCCACACAGCCUACAUGGAGCUGGGUGGUCUGGGCGAGCGCGUGUUGGGUUUCUGUCACCUCUACUUGCCAGCAGAUGAGUUUCCCCCAAACUACACAUUUGAUGUAGACUCCAUAAACUUUCCCACUUCCAACCUCUGCUUUGUGGGUCUUCUGUCCAUGAUUGAUCCUCCUCGGUCUACUGUGCCAGAUGCAGUCUCCAAAUGUCGGAGUGCAGGGAUCAAGGUGAUCAUGGUCACAGGUGAUCACCCGAUCACAGCCAAAGCUAUUGCCAAGAGUGUAGGAAUCAUAUCAGACAACAAUGAGACAGUGGAAGACAUCGCAAAACGCCGCAACAUCGCUGUGGAGCAAGUCAACAAGAGAGAAGCUAAAGCCGCCGUGGUGACUGGCAUGGAGCUGAAGGACAUGACCCCAGAACAACUGGAUGAGCUGUUAACCAACUACCAAGAAAUUGUAUUUGCCCGGACAUCACCCCAGCAGAAGCUGAUCAUUGUGGAGGGCUGUCAGAGGCAGGAUGCAGUUGUUGCUGUGACGGGUGAUGGAGUGAAUGACUCUCCAGCACUAAAGAAGGCAGACAUCGGGAUUGCUAUGGGCAUAGCAGGUUCUGACGCUGCUAAGAAUGCAGCUGACAUGGUCUUGCUAGAUGACAACUUUGCAUCUAUAGUCACAGGGGUGGAGGAAGGUCGCCUAAUCUUUGACAACCUGAAGAAGACAAUUGCUUACACCCUGACAAAGAACAUCGCUGAGCUCUGUCCUUUUUUGAUCUACAUCGUUGCUGGGCUACCCAUGCCCAUUGGCACCAUCACUAUCCUAUUCAUCGACCUGGGCACAGACAUUAUCCCCUCCAUUGCCUUGGCCUAUGAGAAAGCAGAAAGUGACAUUAUGAAUAGGAAACCUCGCCACAAGAAGAAAGACAGACUGGUGAACAAGCAGCUGGCCAUCUACUCUUACCUCCACAUUGGUCUCAUGCAAGCCCUGGGAGCUUUCCUCGUCUAUUUCACUGUGUAUGCACAGCAGGGCUUUUGGCCCACCUCUCUCAUCAACCUGAGGGUAGCAUGGGAAACAGAUGACAUAAAUGACUUGGAAGAUAGCUAUGGGCAGGAAUGGACAAGGUAUCAGAGGAAAUACCUGGAAUGGACAGGCUCAACAGCUUUCUUUGUUGCUAUCAUGGUCCAACAAAUUGCAGAUCUGAUCAUCAGGAAAACCCGGAGGAAUUCCAUCUUCCAGCAGGGGCUCUUCAGAAAUAAAGUUAUCUGGGUGGGGAUCGCAUCACAGGUCAUCGUUGCGCUGAUCCUCUCCUAUGGUCUCGGGAGUGUCACAGCUCUGAGCUUUACCAUGCUCAGGGCUCAGUACUGGUUUGUGGCUGUACCACACGCCAUUUUGAUUUGGGUGUAUGACGAGAUGCGGAAGUUGUUCAUCAGGCUCUACCCUGGAAGCUGGUGGGAUAAGAACAUGUAUUAUUGA